AUUUUCUUGCUACCAUAUUUCGGGCAAGUCCUCCUUGCAUUCUUUUUCUAUAGCCUCUGCACUCGGUAACCAAUUUCGAAAAUACACCCCUCAAAUAUUUUAUUUUGUAAAGGUCAACAUAGACAUAAAACACAUCUUCAUUAAUUUCUAACCUUAUAUAUAUGUUUGUCCAAGUGUGUGAGUGUUACACUUGCUCAUUCUCAAGUUUGUUUCACUAGGCAGAGAGAAAGAAAUGAAGUGUUUUCACUACUUCAAGGAUAAAAGUAACAGAAGCCAAAGAUCAGAGCCUAUACUCAAGAACACAAGCAGUUUAAACAACUCAUCAAGUGUUUCUGCAGCUGAGAGGGUCAUCAAAUCUUCGGGCUCAACGUCUUCUCCCCGUGGCAUACCCGAAAUGUACGAAGAAAAGGCGGUGAAUUUGAGGGUGUUUACGUACUCGGAGUUGAAGCAAGCAACUAAUGAUUUUAGUAGGUUACUUAAGAUUGGAGAAGGCGGAUUUGGAAGCGUUUACAAGGGUACAAUCAAGCCUGUUGCAGGGAAGGGUGAGGGGAUUGAGGUUGCGAUUAAACAGCUCAACAGGGAUGGAUUUCAGGGUCAUAAACAAUGGGUUGCAGAAGUACAAUUCCUCGGUGUUGUGGAGCACUCAAAUCUUGUCAAAUUAAUUGGAUAUUGUGCUGUCGAUGGAGAAAGAGGAAUCCAGCGCCUGCUUGUAUACGAAUUUAUGCCUAAUAAAAGCCUGGAAGAUCAUCUAUUCAGUAAGGCAUAUACCACUCUGUCCUGGCCUAAGAGAUUACAGAUUGUGCUGGGAGCAGCUCAAGGAUUAGCUUAUUUGCAUGAAGAGUUGGAAGUACAGGUGAUAUUUCGAGAUUUUAAGGCAUCAAAUGUCCUGUUAGACGAGGAUUUCAUGCCGAAGCUUUCAGAUUUUGGGUUGGCCAGAGAAGGGCCAACUGGUGAGCAUACCCAUGUCUCAACAGAGGUUAUGGGAACAUUUGGUUAUGCAGCUCCAGAUUACAUUGAAACAGGACAUCUAACCAGUAAGAGCGACGUCUGGAGUUUUGGCGUGGUGUUGUAUGAAAUGUUAACCGGAAGGCGUUCAUUAGAGAGAAACAGACCUAAAUCAGAACAGCAGCUCCUGGAAUGGAUCAAACGUUAUCCAGCUGACAGUAAAAAAUUUGGUAUGAUAAUGGACCCGAGACUUGAAACUAAGUACUCCCUCACCGCAGCUCAGAAAAUUGCAAAGUUAGCUGACAGUUGCUUGGUGAAGAGCGCGAAGAAUCGUCCACUGAUGAGUCAGGUGGUUGAAAGUCUAAAACAAAUAAUACAGGUCUCAGGCGAAGGAAGCCCCUUUAGCAAAAAAAUUGAAUUCACCGAUUGUGAAGAAGUAGAACUGGCUGAUAAACAAAAGAAUCAGGGAGUAUCCGACUCAGCAAAACGGCGAAUAGCACACUUAGCUAAAUUAAGUGAACAUGUUGGUGGAAUCAGCAAAAGAGGGUUUAUGCUGAUGCAGAGAGCCAAAGUCACCUAGAGAGCUGUUUCGUCGAGGGGCCUGAGUUGUGCACAUAUGGUAACUGAUUGCGUUAUCGACCACGGAGUUGAAGGCAAAGGUUCUAUGAGGUGAAGGUUAAACUUGUAUGAGUAGUUCUAUGCCAUGAAAAAGCAAAACUUGACAAAUAAAACUGUGGUCUUGUUAUUCAUUUGUACAAGUAAUAUCAGGAGAGUUGGGUCAAAGGCCUGUGUUCUUCUGGAUAUCCUACAUAGUUCAGAUAUGAAUUUCCGAUUAAUAACAA